CUCCAGAAGCACAGAACUUCUCCGUCUGCUGAGGCUCCAGUGAGAGCUCAGCUGUCCAUCCGAGAGGACGCUCCCUCAGCUGGGGCCGGGGAACCAGACUCGCUGGCUUUCUCCUGGACUCUGUGUGUCUCCCUACCGUGAUUGAGCGAAGAUCCUCACUCAGGAAGAUGCAGGUCUUCUUGUUCGCCGUGGCGGUGCUGUGCCUGGAGGAGUCUGUCCGCGCAGAGCCAAAGGUCAAAUGUCCGACCCGGUGCGACGUCAGUACCUGUCCCAGUCCCAGCUGCCCCAGCGGCUACGUGCCGGACCGCUGCAACUGCUGCCUGGUGUGCGCGCAGGGGGAGGGAGAGCCGUGCGGCCGCAAGGAGGACCUGCCGUGCGGGGACGGACUGGAGUGCAAACACCCGGCCGGGAAGCGGCUCUCCAAGGGCUUCUGCCGCUGCCGCUUCGCACACGAGGUGUGCGGCAGUGACGGGAAGACGUACGGGAACGUGUGUCAGCUGAAGGCCACCAGCAGGAAGGCUCUGCAGCAGGGGCUGCCGGGGGUCACCCAGGUCCAGAGGGGGCCGUGUGAGAGCAGCACAGGACCCUCACACGUCGCCAGCCCUCGAUACAAGUUUAACUUCAUCGCAGACGUGGUGGAGAAGAUCGCUCCUGCUGUGGUCCACAUAGAACUCUUUCUCAGGCACCCUCUGUUUGGACGGCACAUCCCUCUGUCCAGUGGAUCUGGAUUUGUGAUGUCAGAGCAGGGCCUGAUCGUGACCAACGCUCAUGUGGUGUCCAGCAGCACUCCCGUGUCGGGUCAGCAGCACCUCAAGGUCCAGAUGCAGAACGGCGACGUGUACGAAGCGAGCAUCAAAGAUAUCGACAAGAAGUCUGACAUCGCCACAAUCAAAGUCAACCCUCAGGCGAAACUUCCCGUGUUGCUGCUGGGUCACAGUGCGGACCUGAGACCUGGUGAGUUUGUUGUGGCCAUCGGCAGCCCCUUCGCCCUCCAGAACACAGUUACCACCGGCAUCGUCAGCACCGCCCAGAGGGACGGCAAGGAACUGGGUCUCAGGGACUCGGACAUGGACUACAUCCAGACGGACGCCAUCAUCAAUUACGGGAACUCUGGAGGGCCUCUUGUCAAUUUGGAUGGAGAGGUGAUUGGAAUCAACACACUGAAAGUAGCAGCCGGGAUCUCAUUCGCCAUCCCGUCAGACCGGAUCACUCGGUUUCUGAACGACUCUCACGAGAAACACAACAAAGAUGUGAGAUCGGUUAAGAAGCGUUUCAUCGGAAUACGGAUGCUGACCAUCACACCAACGUUGAUUGCAGAACUGAAGCAGCAGAACCCAGACUUUCCAGACGUUCCCAGUGGCAUUUAUGUCCACGAGGUUGUUCCGAACUCACCUGCCCAGAAGGGCGGGAUCAAAGAUGGCGACAUCAUCGUGAAGCUGAAUGGGAAGCCUCUGAAGACUACGGCGGACCUGCAGGGGGCGCUGCUGGAGGAGACAGCGCUCCUUCUGGAAGUCAGGAGAGACAACGACGACCUACUUUUCAACAUUGAGCCUGACGUGAUCAUGCAGUAGACACUGGAAUCUCUGACAGAGCAGCAGCCUGGCUCUACUAUUGUUACAGGAGCGAGAAACAACUUUGCUCCUGUGACGUGCUGUUGGUGUUAAAAACAUUGAAGAAACGUGGUAUUAACUUGUCAGUACCGAAGAAGAAAAGGAGCACACGAUCAAUCAGGACCUAGAGGCGCCUUGCUGUUUUGACCUGUGGUCUCAGGAACAUUUGAAGCCUUAAAAACCCAUUUAAUGGCAAACAUACUUGAUGUGUGUACCGUGUAUAUUGGACACUUGUUUUUCCGUGUAAAGCUAUUUAUAGCUUUUGAAAGUGGCUGAUUCAGCAAUAUGACAUCUUGAAGAUGCAGGUUGAUCGAUGACAUGGCACUUUUUGUACCAAACAAAAGGGUGUUUGUUACUGUAAAUUCAUUCCUUCACACGAGUCUUUCCAACUUUCGAUGGCUUGGAUACCGAUGUGCGACUGCAGUUCAAGUGAGCUCAAUGAUCGUUUGUCAUUGGCCUCAUCGUGUUUUGCAUCCAGGUUUUUGUAAAGCAAGUUUCAUUUCUUUGACCAGAAGGUAAAAUACCUGACAUACUGAUAUACUUGCACAAUAUUGGGAACUUAGCAUGGGGCAAAAUAUUGUGAGCAACAAUACAGUCCUGUGACAGGUGAAUCAGUUGAACUGAAUUACCUUGGUAUUAUUAUUGGAACAAUGGAAAACAGUUCAAACGUGUCUGUGUCAUUAACGUUCCGACUGUUUUCCGACACCUUUUUUUUGGGUCAUGAAAUAGCAGACGAGUCUGUGCUCGGGCCUGUGCUGAGUCGUGUCUAGAAAAUGUUCAUCAUCGUCUCUGUGGUUUGUGGUCGAUAGCGGUCCUCCAUUGCUGUACGUUGAUAAUGUGAACCGAGUCUGUCGACGUUUGGCACAGCUGUCUUUGCUUUCAUUCACCACAAGUGUUUACAGUUUAGAAAAUCUGAAUCAUCCACCAAAAUAAAGA